UAUCGCUGGGUAAUAAUACAUUCAAGAUGGCGACGCAAGGAUCUGUACAACAAAGUGGAUUGAGUACAUCGUCUACAGUUCCCAACACUACUUCUGCUUCUCAACAACAACAGUCACACCCACAGCAUCAACAAGGUGUUUCAACAGAGGCAAAGUUCGAUAAUGUUGCGAAAGUAAAAGGACUGAUUUGGCAUUUGAAAGAAGAUUUUGCUAAUGUUAUUAAAGUUGCUGCAGCCAACAUAUAUCACAAUUCAUCAGUGGAUAAUGGAAUGAAAACUGGCGAUGACACACCUCCUAGAUUGGAUAAAAGCUUGGAAGAAGUAUUCUCAAUCUGUAACCAGAUUGAAUUACAUCUAAAAACAAUUCAGGAGUGUUCACUACAGUUGCGAGACAGUCAACAAUACCUUCCUCUUCCCGUUUUGACCACAAAAACAGAUGUUAACCAGGGCCCUACACAGGACACAACUUUGUCUUAUAGUCAGUAUCUGGCUACUGUUAAAAGUCAGGUAGCCUUUGCUAAAAAUGUACAAGAAAUUCUUAUGGAAGGAGCAAGAAAGAUUACUCAAAAUGAAUGAAAUAUUGUUAGUUGGUAAUUAUUUUAUGUCAUUUAUGGAUUGUAUUUAAAGUUGUCUAGCAGUGUUUCUCAACCUUUUUGAUACCAGGGACUGGCUUGCUGCCUCCCUUAACAUUCACCUACCACUAAAAUGCAAUACAGUGGAAAACCAUUACAACUUAACACAUAAAUAUUCUGUCAGUUUAUGUUUGUUUUCAUGAAAUUCCAUAGACCAUUAAGGUGAUUGUGAUUGACUGGUGCCAGUUUGCACACUGGUGGUUGAGAAACCAUAGUCUAGAAGAAGGCAUUUUAUUAUCAGUUUGUGGAAUAUCUCUUUGUACCUGGAUUUUCUGGAAAUGUCAAUUAUAAAAUUUGUAUUGGCCAGUCUCAAUGUUCUCUUAUGAAAAUAGAUGAAGUCAUCUUUGACAACCUGGGUUCUGUAUAAGCUGUACAAUAUCAUAGUGUAGGAACUUUGCUAUGGUAGUUAAUUUGUUUUAAUAGAAUUAGUAUAUUUUGUCAUACAUUAAUAGAAGGUAAUAGAUCCAAUUAUGUGCUCUGUGCAGAUCUGUUUAUAUAACAAAUUGAAAUAGCAGUCAAUUAAAUAUAUUUUGUAUUGUAGCAAUAAACAAUAAAUAGUGCUUAAACAAGCAUUAACUUUAGAUAUAUGUUGGCCACAGAUUCAUUAAUUAGUAAUUUACUAUUUUAGUUUAAUAUAAUAUUUGGACUUCUUGUAGAUUAGUUCUGGUUUGAUAUUUGAUUUUUUUAUGUACAAAUGUCAAAUAAAUUAUGAUUGAUAAUUCCAGGAAAACAGGACUUGUUCCCUCAGUGUUUGCAUGAUACUUCAUAAAAGUAUGUCAUGUAGACGUUAGCUCAGGUAUAGCGUAGAUGUUGUCAUGCCAGACUUUGAAUCCUAGUGUCUGUGAUUCUUGUCCUAUUACUGCAAAAUUGUGCUUCACAUUUUUGGGUCAUAGGUGUAGUAUAAGAGUGAUGGUCAAAUCCACUGUCUGGCUAGAGUAGCCCAAGAGUUUGCUGUUGAUUCUGUGGACUACAUUUCAUUCCGUCUAGUGUGUUAGUUCAAAAUUGCGACGAGUUAUACAAUUAAUCCUUGUGUAGCUUUGCACAAAUAUCCAAAAUAAAUACAUUAGUAUUAGAUUGCACACUACAUUAAGUGAUUGCAGAUACUUAAAAAAUAUGUAACUUUAAUCUAAAAUUUUUAUAAUUACACUUUUUUAGUUGCUGCUACUAUAGAUCCUGAACUUAUCAAAUUCAAAAACUUUGUUUUUCUUUUAGAAACAAAUAUUUCUAUGAAUUUAGUGUAUCAUAUAUGUGCCCAUGGACUGUUUUUCCAACCUAAUAAACUAGUUUAUAUGCAAUAAAAGAAAGUAUGU